AAUAUUCUUUAUUUAAUAUCACCACAAUAUUCUUUGUUUAAUAGCACUAUUUCUAGAUAAAUUUUUGUAUUUGUUGACAAAUAACUGAAAUAGAAAGGACUAAAUUAAAAAAAUAUAAAGGAAAUUAAAUAAAGUAGCCAUUUUAGAAAAAAAAAAUAGUAUAUAAAGAAACGAAGAAAGUGAAUGUACUAGUCUACCAAGAGGUCCAAGAUUUUGGGAGAAAAGAAAAGAGAAAGACGUGUAGUUGUACAUCGUGCUUUGAGAGUUGUACCCUUGAUGAAGAAAUGAAGGUUGUGUUACGAUCUGUACUUCUUCUGCCUAAACAGCCAUUUCUCCGAUCUGCUACAGUUUCUGUUCUUGGAUCUUCCCCUGUUUGCAAACCCGAGUUUCCGAGAUCAGCUGCUUCGACAUCAACUGUCUCUGGUUCUAAGGUGAAGGUUUCGGAGAUCGAGCAGACUCAGCUGGGAUUUUUGAAUUCUUCCAAGACCGACAUAUUUUUAAGAUUACAGACAUCAGUGCAACCUUCGGGAUUGAGCCCCAGAGACAUUUACAGGAUCAAUCUGCCGUUGAGAUUAAAAGCCUCACGAGACGGGGUUGGUCUGGUUCAAGAAACUAUUCAAACUAAAGAAAAUACACCAAUGUCAAUAAACAAACCUGAUGAUUCGUUCCGUGAGAUGAGGAACAGAUUCCUGAGGUUUAAAAAGGAAAAGUAUUUGGUAAACUUGGAGUGCUAUAAAGAACUUGCUCAAGCACAAGCCCCGAAGUUCUUGGUGAUUUCAUGCGCAGAUUCACGAGUUUGUCCCUCUUAUAUUCUGGGAUUUCAACCUGGUGAAGCUUUUAUUAUCCGUAAUGUGGCUAAUUUUGUUCCACCUUUUGAGAAUGGACCGUGUGAAACAAACGCUGCGCUUGAAUUUUCUGUGAAUGAUCUUCAAGUCGAAAAUAUACUGGUAACUGGACAUAGCUGUUGCGGAGGCAUCCGUGCUCUCAUGAGUAUGGACGACGAAGAAAAAUCAAGUAGCUUUAUAAAGAACUGGAUCAAGGUAGGAAAAGCCGCAAAGUCAACCACAAAGGCCACUGCUUCUAACCUUAGCUUUGACCAGCAAUGCAAACACUGCGAAAAGGAAUCAAUAAAUAACUCACUGAUGAACUUGCUUACGUACCCGUGGGUCAAAGAACGGGUGGCAAAAGGUCUGCUUUCUCUCCAUGGUGGCUACUAUGACUUUGUGGAUUGUACAUAUGAAAAGUGGACUCUUGAUUACCUGAAGAACAUUCAAAAACAGGAAACAGGCGGGUACGCCAUUAAGAACCGUGAAUUUUGGUCUUGAUGCUUAUGCUGCUCUUAAUCUUCUUUGAUUUCAUACGAAAAAAAUCUAAAUAUCAUAAAGUAGACUGUUCUUUGUCUUGUAUUGUUGGAUCCAAAUAGUGCAUAGUGAUAUUUAUGUAUCCUUUAUGUGUAACAUAAAAAUACUCUAGUUCUGGCAGCACCAACUUGUUAUAUUAGUAUUUCAUUCUAACUUUUAUAUAGUGCAGGGGUUUCACA